CAAGCAUUGGUACCACUUUUAUUGACAACUAAAAACAUAUUUUCAUUCGAAUGAUGCUCGGAAGGUUGUUACGUCGCGGUACGCGGCCUGGUAACCCAGGAGCAUUCGAUAAUGCCGCAGUAUUAGAAUUAGCACAUCAACGCCGGCUUAAUCGAUGGUUGUUCAGAGGGAUGUGCAUUGCAGCAACCGGUGCUGGCACCGUUAUAUGUUUGCGUGAUCCAAACAGCGUACUCUACAACGUACUCAUGCCAUUAUUCCGGAACUAUCUUGACCCGGAAGUAGCACACAAGCUAAGUAUCACUGCAUUGAAAUUGGGAAUAGCACCCGUGGACUACUCGGUUGACCCCCCUGUCAUACAAAGUCGACUCAAGGAUGUCGUCUUCUUUAAUCCUAUAGGUAUGGCCGCUGGAUACGAUAAGCAGGUGGAAGUUCCUCUGCAAAUUCUUAGGAUGGGAUUUGGUUUCGUAGAAGUAGGAACUGUACUACCACUACCGCAAGAAGGUAAUCCGAAACCGGUUAUGUUUCGCUUGCAUGACAGCAAGGCAUUAAUCAACUGCUGCGGAUUUAACAGUGUUGGCUUGGAAGUGGCAAAGGCACGACUGAAGCGUGUGCGUAAGAAACAAGCAUCUGACCCACUCACCAAGGAUUUCAUGAUAGGUGUUAGUGUUGGAAAAAACCGUACGGGUGAUAUCCUAGCUGAUACCGUCAACGCGGUCAAGGGAGUGGCACCUUAUGCGGACUAUAUAGCAAUCAAUGUAAGCUCACCUAACACGCCAAACCUACGAGAUAAUCAAAAGAGGGAGCCAUUGAUUGCGGUUAUAUCUGCAGCGAGAAGCGCAUUGGAAAUUGUGAAUACAGAAAUAAAGUCCAAAGGUGCGGAAUUCAAUAAUACAACAAAAAAAGUGCCAUUGCUGCUAAUUAAAAUAUCGCCUGAUGUAAGCCGACAGGAGUUAGAAGAUAUUGCUGAUAUAUCACUUACACACCAUGUUGAUGGUAUCAUUGCUACCAACACAACAAUAACAAGAGAUAAUGUAGUGCCCAGUGACCUGAAAACAGCAGGUAACCCUAAGGGAGGACUCAGUGGACGGCCACUGAAAACAAUGUCCAAAAAAAUUGUAUACGAUCUGUACGAACUAACUGAAGGGAAAAUACCAAUCAUAGCCUGUGGAGGUAUAUCCACAGCCCAAGAUGCACUUGAAAUGAUAGAAGCUGGAGCUUCACUGUGUCAAAUUUACACAGCAUUGGUGUAUGAAGGUCCAGGCAUACCCAGUCGUAUGAAGAAUGGCUUAGCUGACUUGCUAAUGAAGAAAGGAUACCUGAAUGUGUCUGAAGCCAUUGGUGCAGAACACCGACGCCGGAAACCUACACCAGCGUCACAGACCCCAGCUAAAACACAAGUUGAAUCCACAAAGAAGUAAAUAUCUAUCAUAGAAUAAUCGCAUAACGUGGUA